UUGUGCGCCUCCACGUCGGCAGCGGCUGCGGUCAAGAUGGAGGCACUGAUCUUGGAGCCCUCCCUGUACACUGUCAAGGCCAUCCUGAUUCUGGACAAUGAUGGAGACCGACUCUUUGCUAAGUACUAUGAUGACACCUACCCCAGUGUCAAGGAGCAAAAGGCCUUUGAGAAGAACAUUUUCAACAAGACCCAUCGGACAGAUAGUGAAAUCGCCCUGUUGGAAGGGCUGACAGUGGUCUAUAAAAGUAGCAUUGAUCUCUAUUUCUAUGUGAUUGGCAGCUCCUAUGAAAAUGAGCUGAUGCUUAUGGCUGUUCUGAAUUGCCUCUUUGACUCCUUGAGCCAGAUGCUGAGGAAAAAUGUAGAAAAGCGAGCUCUGCUGGAGAAUAUGGAGGGGCUCUUCCUGGCUGUGGAUGAGAUUGUAGAUGGAGGGGUGAUCCUAGAGAGCGACCCCCAGCAAGUGGUACACCGGGUGGCUUUGAGGGGUGAAGACGUCCCGCUUACAGAGCAGACCGUGUCUCAGGUGCUACAGUCAGCCAAGGAACAGAUCAAGUGGUCCCUCCUUCGGUGAAGAUACUCCAUGCCCAGUUCCUUGCCCCUCAAAGCCCCACAUCUGCUGUGACUUCUUAUCCAGGCCCCCAACAGAUGCUCUUAGGGUCAUCGUGGAGAAUCACAAUGGACCCUUGCACCUCUAUCCUUUCAGGGGUUGUCCCCCUCUUCCUUCCCUCUCAAGGGCAGAUUUGAAUGAGGCAGGGGAAACGCCCUCUUCCUACUACACUGGUCCUCCCACCCCCACAUUCUCUCCUUGGUUUCUUGGCCCUUUUCUAUGGCUGUACUUGAGAUCAAAGCCGGAGAAAGAAUGUUGAGUGUUUCCUCCCUAUGCCUGAAAGGCCUUCACCCCAGCAGCCCUAUGUCCAGCAAAGGGGAAGGACUCCUCCUUCAGCACAAGUGGGUGUGGAGUAUCAGGGGCUGUGUGUCUUUGCCUCAGCAGCUUCUCCCCUUCCUGCUGCCCUGUCCUCUGCCUUGGAAGAGAUUGGGAACAGCUUAUGGGAAGGGGACAGAGCUGCAGGGGAACAGUGAUUUAAAUGCUGUCGCAGCUCAUGCAGUGCAGUCUGUGCUAUGAUCUGGCCUUCUGCCUCAGCGCUGCUGCACAUGAGAACACCCUGCUCUGGGUCUGUACCACACCUCCUCUGCCUGUGUCACCUGUGAGAUCUUUUUGCCUGGUGUGGCCUCUGGUACCCUGGAGCAAAGCCAAACCUUGGAACUAAAACCACUGUUGUGUCCAGAAGUUUCUACACAGAACUGGGCAAGGAGAGGGCCUUAAUGACUGGGGCUUGCCAUGUUCCUUCUCAGCUCUUCCACUCAUGUUCCUCUGCCUUGGUUCUGCAGUCUGCUGUUGAGCUCUCCCUCUCUGCCUCAGCCUUCCCUGGAAGCGGAGGGUCUGGUGCAGUGCCUUUCCUCUAAGGUUUGGAGUCCCAUUCUUGGGUGUAAUGUUGCCCCUUGACCCCACAUCGCAGUGAAAAAUGUCUUAGAAAAACAUUCCCGAGCAAGCGCUCUGCCCCGUGCAUUGACCGAAGUGGGCAUUCUGGAGGUGGCCUCUGCAGGAAAUGGAGUCAACGAAGUGAAGUCCACCUUGUAUGUACGCUACUGUGCGUCAGAGGAAUAAAGUGAAUCUUCCAAACUG